CAUACACCUAAUAUGUUUCUGUUUGUGCGAAAAACGUGUACAGCUAAAUGGAAUAAAUGCAAAUUAUAAAGAGAAUUUCCAAAGAAAGAAUCACGUAAAAUAUUAUUCUUCAAUAUGAAAGUAAUUGUUACUAUUGCAUAAUUAUCUUUUAUAAGCUAAGGAGCUAGAAAAUUUUGGAUAUGGCAGAAAUUUCGAAUUCCACUGUGUUUACAAACGAUGCAUCUUCUACUGGUGCUUCCGAUCUUCUUCAACAAGCGUUCCAGCAAGUUGUUGAUGAUGACGAUCAUGAUAAUGAGUUUGUCGCGUUUUUACAAAACGACGACAAUGAUUCUCAAACUAUACACUUGACUCCAGAACAAGCGGUAGCCUUAGGACUAACCUUCGAGGUAAACUCGAAUGAAGAGGUUAUAUAUCAACAGGAACAAGAUAACACCACUUCAAACAUACCAGAGAAUGUUUCUGGAAAAGAUAACAUUAAUGUACAGGACCAAAAUUCAUUAUCUUCUCAGGAAUCUAUAACAAUCGAUCAGUUAAAUUAUCAACCUGAGGAAGUACAAAAGUCCAAUGAUACUGAAUUGAUUAAAACAGAGUGCAUUGAUUUCCAAGAAUGGCAUAUGCAAAAAGUUUCCCACACGGAACAACUUCAAGAUCAAAUAGUCGAAAACAAUAUAUCAUUAGAAGAAAUAAGUUUAAGUAGUCAAAAUCAUGAAGCUCAACAAAUAAUUGAACAUCAGAAUAAUAUAAUUCAACAAAGUUCGGGUACACAGACAAUAGUUCUAGAGCAGCCUAAAGUACAUGGAAUAAAAGCAGAUGUUACACAUGUAAAAAAUAUUCAUGAAAACAAUUUGCAAUAUACUAUCGAAGAAAAUAUAGCGCAAAAUCAACAUAAUACAAUACCCAAUACCCAAGCGCAAAUCUUACAGAAACUACCAGUGAUUUUACCAUCUUCACAAUUUAUCAUAAAACCUGCACAAACUAUAUUGAAACCAGCUAAGAACAUUAGAUUACUUCAGAAUUCAAACAAAUUAAGUAACACAACUGUUAAUUCCAUUAAUGCAGUACAUUCACUUAAUACUAAUUCAAAUGCUAAUUCUGUAUUACUUUCAAAGGCUACAAUAUUAAACAAUUUGUCACCACAGAUAAUAAAAGCUACACCUAUAACAGCUCAAUUGUUAAAUACUAGUGGUAUAUCUGCACAAUUAUUAAACACUCAGCUGUUAACUAGUGCUUGUGAAAUACAGAACCAAUCUAUUGGUACACCACAUAUUUCAAAUACCACUGUAAACACCACAUCUGGAGCAACACAAAAUAUUGUUACUCCACAAAUACGUUUGUCUCCAAUUGUAAAAACAUCACAAUCUCUACAAAGGGGAAAUGUUCAACAACUUUUAACUCCAGUGCUAAAAGGUGCAUCGACUGUGCUUCCAAAAACUAAUCAUAUUCUUAAUAAUACCAGCGUGACUACAGCUAUUCCAGCACAAUUUUUAAAAUCAGUUCAAAUCCCCCCUCAGUUACUUAAAACAAGAGCUGUAAUUAGUAAGAAAACUACGGGAACAAUUGGAACAUCAAAAACUGCACCUAAUCCUGAUACACCAGUUUUGCUUCGGACAGCAUCGAUUGUUAAAGCUCAAGAUUUAAAAACAGUAACAACAAAUUCUGCAUCUAUUUUAAAACCAACCCAAAUUUCUUCAACACCAAUAUCAAUUUUAAAACCUCAAGCAAAAAUUGCAUUUAACAACACAACUAAGCAAAAUGUUACUAUUGCAACUCAAAACGUUGCCAGUAUUUCAAACAAUUCACAAAAUAAUUCACAAAAAACACCUAUAACACAACAAAGUAGUACAUUUGAAUCUGCUAAGUCAGUUCAAAGUGAAGCUACCAAACAAAAACUUAAUCUUGUAGUAAAUGGCGCAAAUCUUAAAGUUAAUAAAAAAGCUAAAGGUACUGUUAAAUCUACAACAAUAGUAAAUGAAUCUACAGAUACAUCUAAGCCAUUAGGUUCUAGUGAAAACCCCAUACAAAUAGUUCAGCAAGGUCAAACGUUUCAUAGUAUACAACGCUUAACACCAACACAAUUAAAACAAAUUGCACAUGUUCUGCAACAACGUAGUCAAGAAGCAGCUACGUCAAAUGAAAGAGUAGUAUAUAGGGUUGUAUUUCCUGAAGAACUGGAUUUACAAAUUAGAAAUCCAGGAAAUAUAUUAAAAAAUCGUGGUGGAAAAAGAGGUAGACCAAAAAAAAGUGCUAUCAGACCUUCCUUACUUCCAUCUAAACCACCACCAAUUCCUGAUGAAGAACAGGAAGAAUUGAAGGAUGAAAGAAAGAAAGUUGUAGCUAGAACACGAUCUGGCAGACUUUCUCGACCUCCUAGACAUAUGGUUCGGGAUUAUAAACAUUUGCACCAUUCAGAUUUUCUACAACCUGAUUUAGAUGAUUCAGAUGGUGGUUAUAGCGAUUAUAACACCAAUAAUGAUAAACUUGAGGAAGAAGAAUCACCUAAAGAAUUAUUAACAGGGCUAGAAGUACCAAAAAGAAAAAUAUCAGAUCAUUUUAGGUGUCCUACAUGUAAUAAAAUAUAUUUAGGGCGUACUCGUAUGGCGAGACAUUUUGAGAUGCAUCCUGACCAUGGAAGUCCUGAACAACUACCUCCACCAACGCCUGAACCUGAAUUAAAACAAAAUGGGGGUCAAGAUCCUUUAAAACGAAAAGGAAAGAAGCGAGGUCCUUGGGCUUAUGUUACACCAGAGGCUAAGUCAGAAAGACGUCAAAUAAAGUUACGCGAAGCAAUUUCUGUAUGUGAAGAUCUUGAAAUAAUAAAAAUAGCUGCAAAACCGGUACUUAACGCACAAUCAUUAUUUGAUUUAUUAGUACUAAAGUCCGAAAAUAAUGUAAGGAACUUUUUGGGCGAAUUAAAACAAUUAAUGGAUAAAAUACGAGAAAAAACUAAAACAAUGUUGACUACUAUAAAUAAUGAUGAAGAAACAAACAAAGAUUUGAUUGAUAUCAGUGAAGAAUCACUUUGUGAUGCUUUAGGUCUCAAUCCAGGUUUAUAUAAGAUUAAUAAUGAAGCUCUAAAAAAGGUUGAUACUUCUAUUUGUUCUACCUAUGAGAAUGAAGAGCCACCCCUUAAACGUCAGAAAACAGAUAAUUCUGAAGAUGGUAAAGAAAAUAUAGAAGAACGAAUGUCUAGCGGAUUUUCUGAAAGUUCAGAUCUCAGUGUCUCAGACUUUUUAAGUGAAAGAAGAGGUGACUCUGUGACAAAUCCUACUUGCCCAGAAGUGUUAUCAGCUUUAACAUUAAUGCGAAGAAAUCCUAGUCCUGUGAAUAAUGCAGAAAGUAACAAAUCUAGCAAUGUAUCGAAACUUUUAAUAUCAAAUCCAGAGAUUCAGAAUCAAAUUUCAGAUAAUCCUGGAUUCCAAAAAGUGGAUAUCACUUCGCCAAAAAUUUCAAGUUAUCAAAAAACGGAUUCUCAUAAAGAGAAUUUUACUAAAUUAGGGAACAGUUUAGGAUCGUCAAACUUUUGUAACAUUGAAGAUAAUUAUGACCAAUCUAAAAUAGGACAUAUGGAACAGGCUUUCAUAAAAUUAGAACCAACAGAACAGGGCUUUGUCAAAUUAGAAAAUGGAUCUAUGGAAACUUAUGUAAAACAAGAUGCUCAGAACUUUGAGAAAAUACAAAAUGGUUUGAAUAGCAUGGAGAGUGGAUCUCAGAACUUUAUUAAAGGAUUCCAAAAACUAGUUUCUAAAAUAAUUCCUAUGACUGUACCGGAUACAAAUUGUGUUAAAACACAAUCUGCACCAUUAGACACAAAUUCUUGCAAAAUAAUGCCUGCUACUUCCAGUUGUAAGAUUUCAGAUAACCUACCUAUACUUCAAGAUACAGUACCAAUAAUUUCUAGUAAUUGUGAUACUGGUAUAUUUGAAAGUUCAGAAAAUUUAGAUAUAUCAAAAAUAGCUCAGUACGAUCACAUAACACAUUUAGACAUUCUAAAUACAAGUGGAGUAAUAGAUAAAAACUUACUAAUUGAUGAAAAAUUAGUAGAGCAACUGCAUCUAGUAGAUCAGUCAAAUUUAGUUGAUGAGCUUGUAUCUGAACGAUUAAAAAAUAUUAUGCCAGAUAAUAUUUUAGAGAACAAUUUGAUAUCAAAUAAUUCAAAUUUAGAUACUGAUCUUGAUUUUGAAGCAUUAAGUGAAGAAUUUAAUAGAAAUACCAGAAGUUGAUUUUUGAAUGAUUACAUGCAAGAUGUUCCUAAACAAAUUGAAGUAAUAUGUAUAGUGUAUAAUAAUAUCAAACGUAUAAUUGAAAUGUAUAUGUAUGAUUACACAAUUGUGUAGAUAUUUUUUUAUAGAAUUUCUGACAGUAUCACACAAUCAAUAUAUUAUAACUUCCAUAUUUGAAUGAAGAGUAUCAAUAGUAAAGUAAUAUAAUGUCUUGUAUUCUAAUAUGUGUAUGUAAAUAAGACUGUUUCUGUUAUAUUUAUUGUGUAUAAUGUAUAUUUCACAUGGAAAAAGAUAGUGUCAUGUUGUAUUGACAAUGUUAAAAAAUGCAUUGAUGUUAUACAAAGAAAUUUUACUUUGUUGUAUUGUCUUCUACAAAUUUUUACUACAACAUAUAGAUACAUUUUAUUUUUAGUAAACGGUCUUUAUAAUCAUACACAUAGUGCAACUAAUACUUUCAGUUUAAGUUUACUUUCUUGAAAGAAGAUAAUUCAGAUAAGAAAGAAGAUAAGAAAUUAAAAUUACCAAGGUUAUAUAUUAAACAACGUGAAACAAAUAUAAAAAUUUUGUGUACAUAUAAUUUCUCAUAGUUGUUGGUUGUACAGUCUGACAGACAUAUAUUGUAAUUUCUUUUUAGUUAUAACAUUAUUAUAAACAUAAAACAAAAAUGUUUAUGCACAAAUUAUUUUACGAUUUAAUUUUAACUUUCUAUAUCUAUUAUUAAAUAUUUAAUAGGAUAAUACCUGUAUUGAUAAACUGAUGAGUAAAAUAAAAAUUGUAUUUAUAUUAUAUCAAUAAUUUCAUUGUAACGACAACAAAAAUAUUACAGAUUAUAAGUAGUAAUGAAUUAACGUGAAUUAUUUACAGCUUUUGUAUGAAAUACUAAAUCAUUGAAAAUACUUUAAACAUCAAAAAAAUAAUUCCAUCCACAUUGUUAUAGCAUUUAUGUACAGUGAAAAUUAUUAAUUUUCU